AUGGACUGGGAUCUCAAGGCGCCGGGCGCGUGGGACCUCGCGGAGCUGGAGCACGACCAACACGCGGCUGCUACAGCGGCGGCGGGGCCGUCGGGGGGCCACGCCAAUGCUGCUGCGGCGGGCACGGGGACGGGGUGCCGCCCGCCCGGGUCAGCGGCGGCACCCGCCGAGUGCUCCGUGGACCUGAAGCUGGGCGGGCUGGGCGAGUGCGGCGAGCCCGGCGCGGCGCCGCCGGCCCGCAGGGAGAAGGCGGCGGCGGCUGCGGCGGGCAAGGUGGCGUCGGCGUCGCCCGGCGCCGCGGCGGGGGCGAAGCGGCCGCGCCCCGGGGGACAGCAUCAGCAGCAGGGGCAGCAGCAGUACCCGUCGUGCGCGGUGGAAGGGUGCAAGGCGGACCUGAGCAAGUGCCGCGACUACCACCGGCGGCACAAGGUGUGCGAGGCGCACUCCAAGACCCCCGUCGUCGUCGUCGCCGGCCGCGAGAUGCGCUUCUGCCAGCAGUGCAGCAGGUUCCACUUACUUGCGGAGUUUGACGCCGACAAGCGCAGCUGUAGAAAGCGACUAGAUGGGCAUAAUCGCCGCCGCAGGAAGCCACAACCAGACACCAUGGCUUCUGCUAGCUUUAUCACAAGCCAACAAGGCACACGAUUCUCACCAUUUGCACCUCCAAGACUGGAGGCAACAAACUGGCCGGGGGUGAUCAAAACCGAGGAGAAUCCAUAUUACACUCACCAAAUCCCUCUGGGCUCCAGGAGCAGCAGCAGCAGGCAGCAGCAUUUCGUGGGAGCUACCACGCCUGCCUACGCCAAAGAAGGCCGUCGCUUCCCUUUCCUGCAGGAGGGCGAGAUAAGUUUUGCCACCGGCGUGGUGCUGGAGCCGCCGGCGGCUCCAGCGUGCCAGCCGCUCCUCAAGACGGUAGCAGUAGCACCACCCGAGAGCAGCAGCGCCGGCGGCGGGAAGAUGUUCUCCGACGGGCUGACUCGCGUGCUCGACUCGGAAUGUGCUCUCUCUCUUCUGUCAGCGCCGGCCAACUCCUCCGGCAUCGACGUCAGCAGGAUGGUCCGGCCGACUGAACACGUCCCCAUGGCUCAGCCCGUCGUCUCGGGCCUGCAGUUCGGCAGCUCGUCGUGGUUCUCGCCGCGCCCCCAGGCUUCCACGGGCGCGACCACGGGCGGCGGCUUCCCCUCCUGCCCCGCCGUGGAGGGCGAGCACCAGCAGCUCAACACCGUGCUGAGCCCCCACGACAACGAGGUGAACUACGGCGGGAUGUUCCACGUCGGUGGCGGCAGUGGUGGCGGCGAGGGCUCCUCGGACGGCGGCACCUCUUCGUCGACGCCCUUCUCGUGGCAGUAG